UAAAAAAAAGUUGGCCGAAAAUACACCGAAAUUAUAUUAUUUUUUUGGCGUGAAAUUCUCUUCCCUCGGUCCUCUGUAUUUUAUUUUAAUUUAUAUUGCAGCUACUGUUCAGAAUCUAUUUCUUGAAAAAGUUAAGAAAUAAUGAUGAUAACAUUUUUACUCCUGAUAUUUACCUUAACGGAAGCUAGUAUUUUCAAACUAUUAAAUGAAACGAUUGAAGAAAAGGUUCCAAUUCAUGAAUGCGCUGAUUAUGGAAACCGAUGUAAUCGCUUUCUUCGUAAACCAUGUUGCGAAAAGGAUAAUAUAUGCAGAAGAAUGGGAUGGGGGGCAUCUAAUGAUCUCUAUAUGUGUGUUAAACAAUCAAAAUUAAACGAAGACUGUCAAUACAAUUUAGACUGUUUACAAGUUGACUACACAGAGUGCUAUGAUCACAAAUGUCAAUGUUUGCCAAAUUAUAUUGCCGCAGGCACGACUGCAUGUUUACCACUUGUAGGCCAACUUUGUAGCAAAGAUGGCUAUUGUGGAUCCCCUAAUUCUGCUUGCGUUGAUUCUAAAUGUCAAUGCAACAAGAAUUACGUAUCCAAUUCUAAUAAUGAAUGUGUGCCAACUCCACUAGGGAAGUUUUGUAGAAAUAAUGACGAGUGUGCAGAUAUAAUUCAUGCUAAAUGUUCAAAAGAUAAGAUAUGUGUUUGUAGAGACAAAUAUGUUGAAGUAAACGGAAAUACAUGUAGUCCACUUUUAGGUGAAUUUUGUUGGCGUAACGAACUAUGUGCGGCAAAUAACUCCAUUUGUGCUGAUAAUGAAUGUCAAUGCAAAAAAAACUAUGUUCCUAUAUCCAAUAAUGAAUGUAGGGAAUCUUCCAUAGGAUGGUCCUGUAACAGUCACUAUGAUUGCAAAUCAAUUCAUAGACAAACAAAGUGUUCACUAGAUAACAAAUGUGUUUGCGAAAGUGAUUUUCUGGCAUCAGACGGAGUAACUUGUUUGCAAGCUUUGGGCGAUUAUUGUUUUAACGACAAUCAAUGCGGGCCUAGAUUCUCUACUUGUAGAAGUAAUAUUUGUCAAUGUAAUUUUCCUUCGGAACUUAAAUCUUAUGGCAAAUGCAUUGAAAACUGAUAAGACCAUAUUUUGUUUCUAAGUGCACUAUAGAAAGUACCGACGAUGCUAACAUACAAUAGUGCUCUGAAAAAUUUCAAGAGAAUUUCAAUGGGUAAUUCUAAAUUCUUAAUUUUGAUUUUUAAAAUGUACUAAUAAAAUAAAAGAAUUUAAAAAUAAAUAAAUGUAU